AUGCCCCAAACGCUGACUUCUACCAGUAUGUUUACCCCAUGUAGCUUCAGCCCUCAUCUACAUACUGCAAAAGAAGAUGAACAAGGAGGACUGAUCUUCCAGGAUGGAAACCUUACCUCAGCAUCUCUGGAUGCUCUAAUCCAGCAUCUCAUACCUACCACUGAUUACUACCCUGAAAAAGCCUAUAUCUUUACAUUCCUGCUGAGUUCCAGACUCUUCAUCGAACCCCAUGAGCUUUUGUCCCGAGUUUGUCACAAGUGCAUUGAGCAGCAGCGGCUGGAUGACCCUGUGCUGGACAAGGCACGGAUCAGAAAAUUCGGACCCAAAAUCUUACAGUUGCUGACAGAGUGGACAGAAACAUUCCCGUAUGACUUUCAGGAAGAGCGGAUGAUUGGCCAUCUGAAAGACAUGAUUCACAGGAUAGCCCCAUGUGAUGAGCAAGCCUACUGGAAAAAGAUGAAUCAACUUUUGCAGACCCUGAAUCAGAAGCUUGCAACCCUCAGCCAUGGGCAAGAAGGGAUUGUCAAGAUCAGUGCUGCUGUCUCUGAUAAGCUGGUUGCCUUUAAAAGUAAACCGCCAUCAAUUCAGAGAGAAAUCCUGAGCGUCUGCAGUGACCCUUACACUCUGGCUCAGCAGCUGACACAUGUGGAGCUGGAAAGGCUAAGUCACAUCGGACCUGAGGAGUUUGUGCAGGCAUUUGUACAUAAAGACCCUCUGGAUGGCACCAAGCCUUGUUUCAGUGAACAGAAGAAGACCAGUAACCUUGAGGCCUACGUGAAAUGGUUCAACAGACUGUGCUAUCUUGUAGCAACAGAAAUUUGCAUGCCUGCAAAAAAGAAACAGCGAGCACAAGUCAUUGAAUUCUUCAUUGAUGUUGCCCGAGAGUGCUUUAACAUAGGGAAUUUUAAUUCACUGAUGGCAAUCAUUUCCGGAAUGAACAUGAGUCCAGUUUCCAGGUUAAAGAAGACUUGGUCAAAAGUGAAAACAGCCAAAUUCUUCAUUCUUGAGCACCAGAUGGACCCUACUGGUAACUUCUAUAACUACAGAACAGCAUUGCGGGGGGCAGCUCACAGAUCCCUCACUGCACACAGCAACAGGGAAAAGAUUGUGAUCCCCUUCUUCAGCCUAUUGAUCAAAGACAUUUAUUUUUUGAAUGAAGGAUGUGCUAAUCGCCUUCCAAAUGGACAUGUCAACUUUGAAAAAUUUCUGGAACUGGCUAAGCAAGUAGGAGAAUUUAUAACAUGGAAACAGGUGGAAUGUCCCUUUGAACAAGAUGCUAACAUAAUCCACUACCUGCAUACUGCUCCCAUUUUUACUGAAGAUGGUUUGUAUCUGGCUUCCUAUGAAAGUGAAAGUCCAGAAAACCAGACUGAAAAAGACAGAUGGAAAUCUUUAAGAUCCACUAUUUUAGGAAAGACUUGAAGAUUAAGAGAUUAUUGCAGUAGGUCAGAGAAAAGAAAUCCGCAAACAUUUUGCACUACUGAUUCCAAAGAUGCCUGUUUGGGAUGUAGACAAUUUACUUUGUUU